GAAUGGUUGAAAGACACAGCAGAAAGCCUGCAAAGAGAAUCCAACACCCAAACAUGGUAAAGCUUAGGAAGAGACGAUCUACUUAGAUUCACAAUCUAGCUCUUUCUCUCUCUGUGUCUUUUUCUUUUUCUCUCUCUAUCUGCAACACAUUUUCUUUCAUCUUUCCUUUUAUCUUCACAUCCAGCACUUACAAAUCUCAUUAGACUAACUUCAUAAACUUAAUCAUCUAAAAAUUUGCACUCACGGUUGCAUGGACGUGCAAGUUUUAGCUUUAAGUUUCAGUUUUUAAGAACAAGGGUUUUUGAGAUAUUCUCUCUUUAAUUCAUGGAGUGGAAGAGAAACUUCAAAGUAAGGUUUAUGCAUAAACAUAAACCCCAUCUUUUUUAUUAUUUUUCCAUCUUCUUCAUCUCAUUAGCGGCACUAUUCACCACUACAAUCACCUCACCAACACCAACCACUUCUCUUGAUGAUAUCAAGUGUCAAUCUUCUGUUAAAGCAGAUUUGUCUGUUCAUGAAAUUGAGAAGAAAAGGGAAGAUGAAGAGGUUGCUCUGAGUUUGGCAAGGAGAUUACUAAGUGGGCCUGGUUCAUCGCCACCACGCUGCACGUCAAAGUGCGGCAAGUGCACACCAUGUCAGCCAGUACACGUGCCAGUGCCACCGGGGACUCCGGUGACUGCUGAAUAUUACCCAGAGGCGUGGAGGUGCAAGUGUGGCAACAAGUUAUACAUGCCAUGAUGCCUAAUUUUAAAAAAUAUAUAUGCUUCAAUAGAUGCUUAAUUAUGUGGUGACUAGUUAUGAAUUAAUGGAGAGAUUAUGGUUAGUAUUACUCUGAUAAAUAUAUAGAAUUAAUUAGACUUUUAUUUGAGUAUAGAAUAUAUAUUGACACUAACUAAGAUGAGUAAUGUGAAAAAUCUUGUGCUAUGAAGUUUAUAUUUGGUGCA